AUGAAGUGUGAUUACAGUCUCAGCUCUGUUACCAAGCGUCUGUGCCUCGUGUGUGGUGACAUUGCCUCCGGAUACCAUUAUGGGGUGGCAUCCUGUGAAGCAUGUAAAGCCUUCUUCAAACGCACUAUUCAAGGUAACAUUGACUAUAGCUGUCCUGCCAGAAACGAGUGUGAAAUAACCAAACGCAGGCGGAAAUCCUGCCAAUCCUGUCGCUUCAUGAAAUGUCUGAAAGUUGGAAUGAUGAAAGAAGGUGUGCGCCUGGAUCGUGUGAGGGGUGGUCGACAGAAGUACAAGCGACGGUUUGAGGAGGCAGGUGGUGGAUACCUGAACUCACAGUGUUGUCAACCUGGCAAAAAUUUAUUUUUUCUUCCAGGGAAUAAAAUUGUCUCCCAUCUCCUGUUGGUGGAACCAGACAAGCUCUUCGCUAUAGCUGACCCAACAACCCCUGAGAGUGAUGUCAAAGUCCUCACAACACUCUGUGACCUGGCAGACAGAGAACUAGUCGUUAUCAUUAGCUGGGCGAAACAUAUCCCAGGUUUCUCCACAUUGUCACUGGGAGAUCAGAUGGGACUCCUGCAGAGUGCCUGGAUGGAGGUGCUGAUCCUGGGUGUUGUGUUCCGCUCGCUGCCCUAUGAUGAAGGAUUGGUCUAUGCGGAUGAUUUAAUCAUGGAGCGAGAACAAUGUCGGAUGGUUGGAUUACUUGACCUCUACUGCACACUCCUGCAACUGGUUACAAAGUACCGCAAGCUUCAACUUGAUAAGGAAGAGUUUGUGACACUGAAAGCCAUGGCCCUGGCUAAUUCAGAUUCAAUGAAUAUUGAAAAUGUAGAGGCGAUUCAGAACCUGCAGGAUAUUCUUCAUGAGGCUCUGCAGGAGUAUGAGAACAACCGGCAUCUGGAGGAUCCUCACCGCGCUGGCAAACUGCUGAUGACAUUACCGCUUCUCCGACAGACAGCAAACAAGGCAGUGCAUUGCUUCCGCCGAAUCAUGGCAGAAGGCAAAGUGACAAUGCACAAACUGUUCCUCGAGAUGCUGGAGGCCAAGGUCUGA